UAGUCCUCGAUUCCAGGGACGACGCACCUGCAUUUCGUCUGGUCCCGCGUGGCGCCCUUAUGAGACAAGCGACUGGCUCUGCUUCGUCUCCCUCCAUUCUCUUGCCGCGCGACACCUUCUUCCCGACCUCUUCCUACCAUCAUGAGCAUCAGUGCAAGCCGCAAUGCGCCGUUGUCCCCCAUCUCUCUAGGCGGUAGCGAGUUCUCCGUCUCCAAGUACCAGGCCGGCGACGACGCCCCCUAUCUCAACGGCCGCUCCAACCUCGCCUCGCCCCCGAACUCGGGCGGCUCCAGCAUCAACAUGAGCAUGAACGGCUUCCCCUCGGCGCCCCGUAGCAAUGGCGGACCCUCACCGCCCGCCUCUAUCGCACGUUCCAGUCAGGGCACCAACCUCUACGCCAGGAGCGACAGCGGUCGCAACAGCGUUCGCGCUGACCUUGACGAGUCUAUCCUUAGCGAACAUUACGUCGCCUUGCGAGCAUUUCUCAACACCCGCGACCCGAACCAUAAGCACCAGCCGAACAAGGCCCGCGACAAGCUACUCCGACUGUCAUCCGUCCAGUUUUACGAGCUCAGUACCGAUGUCUUUGACGAGUUGAUCCGAAGGCAGGCCGCCGCGAGGGCCCCUCCCAAUGCCCCAAAUCCUGUUCCUACCUUCCUACUCCCCGAGAAGAACUUCCACCCAAAGCGAAACCAGGCCCGCCAGAGACUCUCCUCCCUCGGACCACCACGAUUUCGAGACCUCGCCGCAGAUGUCUUCCACGAGUUAGAACGCCGCUUUCCCAAUUUUGUCGGAGGCGACCUCCAACGCCAAGGAAGUCCCAUGUCGAUCCGCGGUGGUCCGGUAAGCCGCACAGGCACUCCAGUUAAUGGCAAUGGUAAUGGGUUCCCCCCGAGGGGACAAAGCCGCAUGAGACGGCCUUCCGAUGCACCCUCCAUGAGAGGUCCUCCACCACCAGAUGCUUACGGGAUCCCAGCAUCUCCAGGUAUCCCCAACGGCGAUUAUGGACGACCAACGCCAAAGCAACUCAACCAGAACAACACAAUCGUGCCGAACAAGAGUACCAUGCUCGAAGAGGAUGACGAAGGCGACUCCUUUGCCCUAGAACAGGUCACAAGCAACCACGAAAGCAAAAGAAGUGGUGAUAGCGCUAUCACCUCAGAAGCUGACAAGAAGCUCAUUGAAGACUACCAGGCGCAGGUACAGGACUUGCAGGGAAAACUGGACGGCAUGGAAGACGUUAUGAGAAAAAAAGAGGAGGAGAUGAACAGCGCUCUAGAUCAGGAGCGGGCACGAUCCACUGCCACAGGCCUUGAGAAGCAGGAAUGGUCUGACCUCCGGCUUGACCUCGAGAACAAACUAGCCAAGGCCCAGAACUUGAAUGACUCAAUGGAGCAAGAACUCCAAAGGGUACGGGAUGAUCAUGACUCCGAAACUCAACAGCUCCGAGAUCAGGUGGCCGCGGCGCAACAAAGCUCCCGGAGCAUGAAUCCGGCCGACGGGGACUCAGAACUCCAACGGGAGAAUGAAGACCUUCGGAACGCACUAGAAGAGCAACGUCAGGUAACGGAAGAGGUUCGGCGGGAAGCUGAGGAGUUCUUGCGUGAGAUGAGAAUGCUCUCCCAACAGAGCGGUUCAACAUACGAAAGACAAGCUGAGCUCGAGAAGAAUAUUGAGCAGCUUGAGCACGAGGUCCGAGAGUGGAGGAAUCGUUACGCUCGCACCAAGACUCAACUGAGAAACAUGCGCGCCUCCUCCAUGGGAGCCGGAAUUGAGCAUGAUGCUGCCAAAUUUGUCCGGGACAAGGGAUUUGCUGACGACCGAGGCCUUGUUAAGGAUGUCCACGUUACCAAGUUCCAGAUCGCGAUUGACGAACUACUACAGAAGGCCAGGACCGGAGACCCGGAGAAUGUGAUUGACGCAAUGAAAUCGGUGGUUGUUGGCGUCCGCCGCAUCACCAAGGAUACUGAUGUUUCUCAAGCCCACAAUGAGGAAAUGGCUCAACAACAGAAACAGCUUCGAACCAAGGUCUCGGCGACCGCGAACAACCUGAUCACUGCAUCCAAGAACUUUGCAGCUGGUGCCGGAAUAUCCCCCGUUUCCCUCCUUGACGCCGCAGCAUCCCACCUUUCAGUUGCCAUUGUGGACCUCCUCCGACUGGUCAAGAUCCGGGCCACCCCCACCGAUGAACUGGACGACGAUGAGAACGAAGGAACCAUCACUCCCGUGGAAUCGACUGGAUUCUUUUCUCCGCUCAGCACCGACCCAGUGUCUGCUACCCAGGGUACGCUCCCCCUGCCCCCACCAUUCCAAGGCCUAGGAACCCGAGCAAGCGCAGACUCAUCGGCCUAUAGCCCUGUGAACUCCCCCCGGCACUCCACGGACCCGUACUCCCGGAAUGGACCUACGUCCAAAUCGAACGGCAUGACCAACGGGAUGGGUUAUCCUGCUGCGGUGCCGAGCGCUCUCAACAUCAACGGACACGGAGCUCACCAGCAGGAUACCCGCGCCGCCGAGGACCUCAGAAUUUACCUGGAGGAUCAGAAUGCACUUUUAGUGUCCGAAAUUCAGAAUCUUGUGGGCACCGUGCGUGGUGAUGCCAACAUCCGACAGAUCAGUGCAGACAUCGGGUCCAUCUCUGCCGUUGUGGGCAAGAUUAUCACCGAGGUGCAGGCCAACGGCUACGGUGACAUGGCAAACCGGUUGGCAGACUGCCGAGCGCGACUUCUUGAAGCCGGUGAUCGCGGCGAGGAUAUGGCCAACAUCGGCAUCGACACCGACUCCAAUGAGUGGCGCAUGUGGACGCAAACACUGCCACCCAUUUCCUUUGAAACGGCUCGUGAAACAAAGGAGCUUGUCCAACGGAUGGAUAGGCUAGCAAAUCCAGGCGCAGUUGACGAAUUCUCAUAAACCCUGUUUUUCUUUGAGUUGGGCUUCUUUCAGGAGGCUCGACAAUUAUGCCGAUUUGCACGACAAGUCACUACGCCUUCGCUUUUUAUGUUUGGAGAGGGGGACUACCUUUGAUACCCACUUGACGCAGAGCUCUCGAUAUCGGACAGUUCACGAUGCCCCUCGCUUCUCAACUUUGGAUUUAAUCAGGGAAAUGCGGGAGAGUGGGGUUGUGCUGGUCAAUAUUUGAGUGACGACGGGCCGGUGGCAAGGACAAAGGCAUUACGUUGUUGGGUACG